AUGCCGCAGACUCCGCCUCUUUCCGAACGUCGACUCCGAAGUACUCUUACCUCUAAAGCGUGCGAUUCUUGCAAGGCUAGGAAGAUCCGUUGUUCCGGUUACCCUCCGCCGUGCCAGAGUUGUAGUAUUCGAGGUGCGACCUGUCGAUUCGGGACGCGCAAAAUACCACUCAGAAAGAAUGUCAACCGCAACUUACUACUCAUUACCACUGAGGCAUCUCCAAGCAUCAAAGUGAACGAAGUCAGCCCUGCUGUCCAGAAGCUUCCUGAUCUGAAACAAGAUAUCGUUUAUCAGCCUAUACAGAAUGAUCUCUUUGUAGAUCGCAUCUUGUUUGGGUCAUCAUCAACAGAUGUCCCGAAUGCCGAUGAACGCUUCUCUUUGAAGGGCAUUGGUCUCUUGAGCGGUACUCAUAGCGUCACCUUCUUCUCCGACAGCAGACUUGAGACGCUGUCUGCCAAACUUCAAAACAACAAAGUCAACGACCUCAUUCGACGAAUGUCCUCAGUCAUCAAUAACAGAGCCAAAGUCACGAGCAGUACCUCGCCUGAACAUUUGCCUGAGCUGUGUCUUCCGUCCCUGGAUCCUGCAUACGCAUCAAAAUGCAUAACGACAUACUACGAACAAGUCCAUCCACUAUUUCCUCACCUCGAUCGCGAGACCUUCGAUUCCACCAUCGCAAGCCCCAACCUCAGCACCAUCCUCCUCAACGAUCCCGCUUUCUCCGCCUUGUAUCACUCUGUACUCGCCCUUGGCAGUCUACACGACGGUGGCGGCAGUUUCGAGCCUGGGAAGGGAAAAGCGUGGGAAUUGCUCUCCGUCGCAUUAGCCCGUGUUCCGAACCUCCCUAGAGCCAAGAACUCGCUAGUCGCUCUUCAGGCUAUAACAACAGUUGCUGUAUAUUGUCUAGGCGUGCCGUGUAUAUCCAUUGAACAUAAAAUCAUGACGGAAAUGGCUCGGAUGGCUCAGGAUCUGGCGCCUGUACUUUGUAAAGGACCUGGUGCCAAGACGUUCUACAGGGUGUUUUGGGUUGUUUACGUGAUAGAGAAGAUCAUGAGCUUCCACUUUGGCCGCCCUUCGGCCAUCAUCGACGCUAAUAUCAUUGUGCCUAUGCCUUACAUACCCGAGUCUCACCUUGGAGCCCUAAAUUGGACAACCAUACUCGCUCAACAGGCCCGUCUUUUGUCACGAGCGAUGAAUACCCUGUUCUGCCCCGGUGUCUGCCAUAGGGGAUCGCAGUACUUUCUGAUGACCAUUGAUCAACUUCUUGAAGACCUUGAACAGUGGAGAGCAUCUAUCGCUGAUGAAUUUCGCCCGGGAUAUCCGUCGCAGUUCAAUUUGCUCCGUAGGCCUUUGCACGGUACAGUUGGGAUUUGGAUCAACUAUCUCUACUACAGCCUUAAACUCAUUUUGCUCCGGAGCAGGCUACAGAUUGACAGCUGUCAGGGCAGCGAACUGAGCAAGACAAGUCAUAGUGAUCCGCUCAUAGAGGUUUCUCGGUCCGUACUCGAGAUUGUUACAUAUGUUGACGUCGAGCCAUCAACACCACUAUGGAUCAUUGCAGCUAUCCCAUUGUGCGCUCUCUUCGUUCUUUUUGAUCACGUUAUCAGCCACCCCAAGUCUCCAGACACAAGAAGCAACCUCGCCCUACUUAAUAUUGCAGGAGGCCAUUUUAGCCGAAUCGAGUUUGCAUCUGGAGGCACAUUGCCUGGCUCGCUCAUCAGUGAAUUUACAUACAUUGCACGCGAGUAUAUCAACCAGUGUGAUAAUCUGGAGUCGCUCAAGGGAGGUCAAAGCAUGCUUCAUACGGAAAAUCACGAUACUUCAUUGGAUGAGUCUUGCACCUCUGGAGCAAAUCCGGGAACAAGCCAAAGUCUCGAGCAAGAUUUUGAGAUGGCUCAAGCUACAGUCCUAAACUCUACAUCGCUGAUGGAUCCUAUCUAUGCUCCAAUUGAAACUCUAUGGGACGGUGGAAGUGAUCCAUUAUAUGGUAUAGACGUGAUGAACCUUUUUAAUAGUAUUAUGUAA